CAUCUUUCACCGGAAGUGUAAAAUCAAAACAAAUACUACAACUUCCGUUAUGGCUGCCUCCAUGAAGAAAAGCAUGUCCAGCAAGAAAAGGAAAAUGGAGGAGUUAAGUGUUGAUGAGUUUAUGUUAGGAGACUUUGACAGUGACAGUGAUAAUGAAGAUACAGCUGUUCAUCAAAAACAGAAACAGAAGAAAAGAAAAAAUGAAGGACUUAAAAAGAAAGAGAAACAAAUGAAAGAUAGUACUUCAAAACAACAGAAGAAAUUACAUGAAGCCUCUGUAAAACAGAAACAAACUAAAAUUACUGAUCUGAAAAAUACAAGCAAAACAAAGAAAACAUCAAAGACACACAUGCAGUCUCUUGAAGCAUUGAAGGAAAAAGAUCCAGAAUUCUAUGAGUUCCUGAAAGAAGAAGGCAAAGAUCUGCUGGCUUUUGAUGAAUCAGAUGAUGAAGAUGUGAGUUCUGGUGAUGAAGAUCAAGAUGAUGAUAAUGAAGUUCAGGAUGAUGCCAGUGAUGAAGAUUAUGAUGAUAUACCAACAAGUAGUGAUGAAGAGGGAGAUUUACAUAAACCUCCUGAGGAACUAGAGGUGGCCAGUGAUGUCAGUAUGAGUGAUGAGGAGGAGGAGGAGGAGGAAGGAGGAGUAGAAAAUGAUCAGGAGGAAAAAGAUACAGAUAAACCAAGAAAGAAAGAAAAGAAAAAUAAAGGCAUUUUAGUUACCAGUAAAAUGAUCAAGGAUUGGUCUGAUAAUGUACAGAAAACUCCAUCACCAAAUGUAUUGAAGGAAAUGAUUAGUGCCUUCAGAGCAGCUGUACAUCAAGCAGGAAGUGAAUUGGAAUCUUCCAAGUAUAGAGUGGAGGGGAGCGCAGUUUACAACUCAGUAAUCAGAAUGUGUUUAACUUUAAUACCACCGGCACUUCUGAAACAUUUGGGAUUACCUCCCCUUACAGAUCUACAGAAACCAACGCUUCCAUCAAAAAGUAAUACCAAGUGGAAGAAAAUUCGUCUGGAAGUGAAAUCUUAUCUAACUGCUGUAUUACAACUUCUGUCAGAAAUAACAGAGACUUCUAUGGUAAAUGUAAUGGUCAAACAUGUUUUCAAACUAGUGGCCUACUACGUAACCUUCCCCAAACUGGCCAAAGCAUUGUUAAAGAAAAUGACCAACCUAUGGAGUUCUGCUGAAGAGACAACAAGAGUGGUAGCUUUCCUUUGUAUCAACAGACAAGUCAUGAUAUCCCAGGAAUCUAUGUUAGAACCGUGUAUAAAGCAAAUGUACAUAGCAUAUGUAAAGAACUGUAAAUUUACAUCACCCACAACACUUCCAUUGAUCAACUUUAUGCAGCGCUCCCUGGUGGAGAUCUUGACUAUAGAUACAGUAUUAGGAUACCAGUAUGCCUUUAUCUACAUCAGACAGUUAGCCAUACACUUACGUAAUGCUAUAACUGUCAAGAAGAAGGAAAAUGUCCAGGCAGUUUAUAACUGGCAGUACAUUCAUUGUCUGGCAUUGUGGGUACGAUUGAUGAGUGCCACCUAUCCCAGUGACGUUCUACAACCCUUGAUCUACCCAUUAACACAAACAAUUAUAGGAACCAUUAAACUAACACCUACAACAAGAUAUUUUCCUCUACGUUUCCACUGUAUAAAGAUGAUGAACACCUUAUCAGAAUCUACCAACACAUUUAUACCAGUCCUGCCAUUCCUGUUAGAGGUGUUUGAGCUGACAGAUUUCAACAAGAAACAUAAAAGUAUCAGUUUCAAACCAUUAAAUUUUGCCUGUAUUCUGAAGUUAUCUAAAGCACAGCUAGUAGAGAAAUCUUUUAAGGAUGGCAUCAUUGACCAGUUAUAUGAACUAUUUAUGGACCAUUUUAACAUCCAUGCUCAUAAGAUUGGUUUUCCUGAACUGGUUCUACCAUCAAUACUUCAGAUGAAGGAAUUUCUGAAGAAAUGUAAAAUAGCAAACUACUGUAAACAAAUAAAACAGAUAGUGGAUAAAGUUCAGGAGACAUCAAAGUUUAUUACAGACAGGAGAAAAUCUGUGUCCUUCAGUAUCUCUGAUGAUAAAGCUAUUACAGCAUGGGAACAACAGUGCAAGAAUAUUGGUACCCCAUUGGGUAAAUACUUCAGCACAUGGAGGAAGCUACGAGACAGAGAAUUGCAGUACCAGAUUGCUGCUAAAGAACAGGGACUCUCUAAGGCUGAAGCAAAUAUACCAAUCAUAGAAAGACCCAAAGGAGUUCAGAAGGCCACAGCUGCAGAAAAGGAAGAGUUCUCUGCCUUGUUUGAAUCUGACAGUGAUGAUUCAGACGAUGAUACAACCAGGUUCCUACCAAAAGCUGAAAGACCUGGAAAAGCAAAGGGAGACAAUUCUGAUGAGAAUUACAGUGAUUUUGAUAGUGAUGAACUUGAUCAACUUGCAAAGUCUGCUAGUGAAGAUGAUGAGGAUGACAGUGACAAUGAUGAAGAUCAGGAUGAUGAUGAAGAUCAAGAUGAGGAUGGAGAUGAUGACGAUGAUAUUGAUGUAGACAGUGAAGAUGAGGAUGAAGACAGUGAAGAUGAAGACAUGUCAGAUGAUGUCGAUGAUAAAGAGGACAUUGUUAAAGAGUUCACUAUGUCAGAUUCUGAUUAAAAUUUUAAACAGAAUAA